AUGGAUAUUGCCUCCCUGGAUGGAGCGGUCAAGGUCUUCCAAACUCUCCAAGAUGGUUACAACAAUGUCACUGCACUGGUAGACAGUGGCCAGGGCCUGUUUGAAGCACUCAGAGAUGGUCUCAGUUUUGACAGCAAACGUUCCUGGUACUCGGCUUUGCGAGGCAUAGACAGGGUGCUCCGGGACGGCCAACUCUCCAAGUUCAGGACCCUCGUCCUCGAGGCUCCAUGCCGACGCAGCCUUGCUUUUCAGUGGGGAGUGUGCCAGCGCUUAGGAGAUCUUGCAGCCAAUACAGCCUGGGAUGCAGAGUCGCGUGAGGACGCACUAGAGUUCCUGGCGGAGAUCUAUCAGAAUGAUGCCGUCUGGGGCCAUCACGAACACAUCAAGCAAAAGAUCUUGGAUAUCCUUUUACACUUGCAGCAGCAGUCUGAGAACGCCAUCCAAGCGUUUGAUAGCGCAACUGCCAGAAAAGUGCUGCAGAGACUGGGACGCAAUGGCGAUAAAGCAAGGCAAGCACUUUACAGUGAUUGUCUGGAGCAGGGUCCCAGCAAACACCCAUUGAAGAUCUCACAGCCGCCAUUCGCGCCCCUAACCUUGCUAGAUCGCGUCCAGAACAAGCCCGAUGUCGAGGAAGAUUUGCGAAAGCUGAGGCAGCGGAGACUGAAGGAGCGAGGAGAUGCCGUCUAUAUCCCCCCUCAAGCCAAGGCCAAUUUGAAAGCGUCGGACGACGUCCUGUUUGCCUUGACGGAAAAGGUCGAGGAGUUCCUAGCCAGCACCGACCAGAAGGUGCUGCUUCUACUUGGCGAUUCGGGAUCGGGAAAGUCAACAUUCAAUCGCGAGAUCGAGCACAACUUGUGGCUAAAACCAGAACAGGAUAUGAUUGCCAAGCAACUGCGCAAGUUUGAGCUCUCUGAUUCUCAGAUUCGAGAGUUGAAGACCCAGCGCAAGUUUGUCUUGAUCUGCGAUGGAUACGACGAGAGUCAAGAGAAACACAAUCUGUACACGACCAACCGCCUGAACCAGACAGGAGAAUGGCAGGUGCAGAUGGUGGUCAGCUGCCGUAGCGAAUACAUUGGGAUGGACUAUCGCGAUCUCUUCCAGCCGUCAACCGACACCACACAGUUUCAAGAGGCUGUCAUUACUCCCUUCUCCAGGGCCCAAGUCAAUGACUACUUGGCAAAGUAUGUGAUCACCAAGGCGCCGCUGUGGACCACGAAACAGUACGCGGAUGUGUUCGACCAGAUUCCCAGUCUUCAAGAGCUGGUCAAGAAUCCAUUCCUGUUGACGCUUUCUCUGGAGGUUUUGCCCCGACUCGUGGAUCCAGGCAAUAAUCUCAAGGCCACCAGGGUCACGUGGGUCACUCUGUAUGACGAAUUCAUUGGGCUUUGGCUGGAGCAAGGAAAAAAACGACUUGGGAACAAGGACCUGAACCCACAAGCACGAGCCGACUUUAACAGAUUGACCGAUGAAGGCUUUACUCAGAACGGCAUCAGUUUUUUGAAGGACAUGGCAAGUGCAAUCUACAAGAACCAGGCGGGCAAUCCUGUGGUGACCUAUUCCCGUAAACAAGACCAUGGGAAAUGGAAAGAAGCAUUCUUCUCCCGAGAGAAUGAGAGUCGGCUCUUGCUGGAAGCCAGUCCGCUUACACGCAGUGGAAUCCAGUACCGUUUCAUCCACAAGUCCCUGCUAGAGUAUUUCUUUGCACGCUCAGUCUUUGAACCCCAGGAAGGCAAGGAGAAAUCCGUUCAAGCUGCAGCUCCAGCUAGACGGGGGAGUGUCAGCUCUGAUUUCAGCUUUGACGAUCAACUGGUGCCAGAGGAGGACGUCGAGCCAGUCACAACCCAGCCUUGUACAGCCGAUCAUCCUUUGUCGUGGAGAAGUUUUGUGGCAGAGCCCUCCGUUCUGGACUUUUUAUCCGACCGCGUGCAGCAAGAGCCACUCUUCAAGGACCAACUUCUCGCUAUGAUUGAACAAUCCAAAUUCAACAAAGCGAUGCGUAAGGCAGCGGCCAAUGCCAUCACGAUUUUGGUCAGAGCUGGCGUACGAUUUAAUGGGGCGGAUUUGAAAGGCAUCCAGAUUCCACGAGCUGAUUUGAGUGGCGGGCAGUUCGAUUUCGCUCAGCUGGAAGGGGCAGAUUUGAGGAAGGCAAAUCUUCGCAACACAUGGAUACGUCAGGCCGACUUCAGCAAGGCGCAGAUGGCAGGCGUACAGUUUGGCGAAUGGCCGUAUGUACAGGAGCUUGAUGUGGUGUAUUGCUGCUCAUAUUCGCCGAACGGGAAAACCUGUGUCUUUGGCCUUGCAGACGGCACGAUCAGUGUGUACGAUACCUUGACUUGGACGAAAACCCACACCUUACAAGAACAUACCAGCAGUGUUAGGAGCGUGGCUUAUUCCCCCAGUGGUCACCAGAUUGCUUCGGGCAGUGACGACAAAGCUGUGCGGCUGUGGAACACGCAAACCGGCGAACUUGGCCCCGUCUUAAGCGGCCAUACCAGCAGUGUUAUGAGCGUGACUUAUUCUCCCAGUGGUCACCAGAUUGCUUCGGGCAGUCGGGACCAGACUGUGCGGCUGUGGGACAUGCAAACCGGCGCACCUGGCCCCGUCUUAAGCGGCCAUACCAGCUAUGUUAUGAGCGUGGCUUAUUCUCCCAGUGGACGCCAGAUUGCUUCGGGCAGUUGGGACGAGACUGUGCGGCUGUGGGACACGCAAACCGGCGCACCUGGCCCCGUCUUAAGCGGCCAUACCUUGAGUGUUAUGAGCGUGGCCAAUUCUCCCAGUGGACGCCAGAUUGCUUCGGGCAGUCGGGACGAGACUGUGCGGCUGUGGGACACGCAAACCGGCGCACCUGGCCCCGUCUUAAGCGGCCAUACCAGCUAUGUUUACAGCGUGGCUUAUUCUCCCAGUGGUCACCAAAUUGCUUCGGGCAGUUGGGACCAGACUGUGCGGCUGUGGGACACGCAAACCGGCGCACCUGGCCCCGUCUUAAGCGGCCAUACCAGCUAUGUUGAUUGCGUAGCUUAUUCUCCCAGUGGUCACCAGAUUGCUUCGGGCAGUUGGGACCAGACUGUGCGGCUAUGGGACACGCAAACCGGCGCACCUGGCCCCGUCUUAAGCGGCCAUGCCAACGCUGUUAAGAGCGUGGCUUAUUCUCCCAGUGGUCACUAG